AUGCUCCUUGAGAGGGAAAUCGAGGAGCACCAAGAAUUGGUGAGUCGAGGUAGCAAGCUAGGCAACCGACUCGCGCUGUUGGUAUCGCGGGAUGCUGCGAGCAAGGUGCGCGAAUCGGUCAGUGAGACCACCGGUCGAUUUCUUUCCAUCAGCAAUUUUGCUAAAUCGCGCUUGAUAGAUCUGGAACGGGCCAUUCAACAGGCCCCUGAGGUUAUUUGUUUUUUUGGGAUCCCAUCUAACUCUUUCAGCAUAUGCAUUUGA